GUCAACACACCCUUCCGACAGCCAUUGCCAACCUCGACGUCGACUCUUCCCACGUCAUCCAUGCCAGUUUCGCUCGACAUUUAAGCGUGACGGCACACCCUACAUCCAUCCCCCCCUUUCCCCUCUAUUUUCUUUGAAUUGAGCAUGUCUCGUCGGACAUCAGCCAUGUCUUCGAGCAAUUCCACGAAUAGCGGUGUCCCGCCUGCGAGCGACGGAGGCCAAGAAAAGCAGAAGAUGCUUCUUUCUUCGGAAACCGGCCAUUUCAGCAUGAUCAAGGCCUUACAUCUUGCCGAUCUGGUGACUGAACUCAAUGGAUUCUGUGGAGUGAUGUCAGUCCUCUCAUCCAUGCGGUACUGCCUCGGGGACCCCUCUGAUCACGGUGCCAUCUGGGCCGCUCUCGCCUUUAUGCCUUUCGGGCUGUUUUUCGACUUUAUGGACGGAAAGAUCGCUCGGUGGAGGAAGAAGUCCUCUCUCAUGGGACAAGAACUUGACUCACUGGCGGACUUGAUCUCCUUUGGCAUGGCGCCCGCUGCUGCAGCCUUCGCGCUCGGAGCCCGCACGUCUUUCGACCACCUCCUGCUUGCAUUCUUUGUCCUCUGCGGCCUGACCCGUCUGGCACGAUUCAACGUGACGGUCGCCGUCUUGCCCAAGGACAAGUCCGGCAAAUCGAAGUACUUCGAAGGCACGCCGAUCCCCACCACAUUAUCUAUUGCUUCCCUGAUGGCCUACUGGGUGUCGAAGGGGUGGAUUCAGGAGGAACUGCCGCUGGGGGUUAUCGCUCAGGGCACGAUCUUCGAAUUCCACCCGGUCGUAUUGCUCUUUGUUCUGCACGGCUGCAUGAUGGUCAGCAAGAGCAUACAUAUCCCCAAGCCCUGAAGCGUCUACAGACCGGUAGAAUCCUUGGUAUGGAUUCGGGGUUUCUUUCUUGAUAGAGCAGUUUUACGAGCAUAUAUAAAGAAGGAAAAGCCUGAAAAAAAAAGGGGAUAGUGGACAUGAAGCAUUUAGUGUGACAAGAAAAUGAGAACGCAUAGAUUGCAGAUAUUGUGAUUUUGGUGUCCUGGUAUAUCAUUUGUAUUCUGAAAGAAUAGUAUGAACUUCAGUAUAAUAGUUCUUUCGUAUGACGCCACUACCCGAAUACUACAUACUACUUCCCAAGGACCGCGAGGUUCUUUUACUAACGCACCACCUCGAGAUUGAAC